GCCCGAUUCACCCCCAUCGCCAUCCAGCCCUUGGAUUUUGGAAAUGCCUCUGCUCCCCGCCGACCACUGUUGCUAGCUGGAGUUGUUCCUGAUCUGCAGCAAGCAGAGCAAGCAAGUAUGCCUGAGCUUCCCGAAGUUGAGCGGGCCCGUCGGCUGGUCGACGACAAUCUUUUGGGAACCACCAUCGUCGACGCUGAGGCGUAUCCCGAUGAUCUGGUUUUUGUUCAUCCAACGACCCCAAGCGGGUUUGUCUCGAGUCUCAAGAACAAACGGAUCGUGGCCACCCAUCGCCGUGGGAAGCUCUUUUUCAUCGAGCUGGACCAGCCCCCGCACCCGGUCUUCCACUUUGGCAUGACGGGCUCGAUCCAGAUCAGGGGGUUGGCUCCCCCGACGUUCAUGGACUUCAAGACCGAUGCGACCAACUGGCCCCCGCGGUUCGUCAAGCUAGUUCUCAAGACAAGCAAUCACCUCGAGCUUGCCUUUACGGAUCCAAGACGGCUGGCCAGGGUGCGGGUGCUGAUGGAUCCGCUGCGGGAGCCGCCGAUCUCAGAGCUGGGAUUCGAUCCCGUGCAUAGCUUUCCCGACCUCGAGGACUUUGCCCAUAUCCUGCGAGCCAGGUCUGGAGCCGUCAAGGGAGUCCUCCUCGACCAGAGCUUCUGCGCCGGGAUCGGCAACUGGAUUGCGGAUGAGGUCCUCUUCCAGGCUCAUAUCCACCCGUCGCAGGGAUGCAGGACCCUCACAGACAACGAGAUACAGAUCCUACACAGCAAGAUCAAGUACGUCAUCGACACUGCCCUUGCGGUCAAUGCAGAUUCGGAUCGAUUUCCGGCAGACUGGAUGUUCCACUACAGAUGGAGCAAAGGCAAGAAGACGCAGCCCAAAAUGCCCGAUGGUCGUUGGAUUACUUUCGAGACAGUGGGUGGGCGAACUUCAGCCAUCGUCAAGGCCGUCCAAAAGCUCAGGGCUGGCACGAGCACAGUGUCGACAAAGAAGCGACAGGUUCUGGCUGAUAGUGGUGGGGAUACGCUCACCGUCAGCGAAGAACGAACCAAAGCGAGCGCCGUUUCUGAGGCCGAACAGCCUGAAGACCGAGAGUCUCCGCGGAAGCUGCCCAAGAUGCAGGCGACAGCCAGCAGCCGAGAGACCGAGACUGAGUCGAAGACCACCCCGACAAAGAGAUUCAAGAGCGAUUUGGACAGCGAGCCAAAUGGUGCCCGCCGAAGCAGACCGUCCAGGCACCAAGAGGAUCUCAGCGCUGUCGUCAAGGCUCAACACGAGUCUCGCCGGAUCACUCGCUCAAAGAGCCGAGGCAGUUCUUGAUUUGUGUGGUCUCCGCAGCCCCACUCUGUUGCCACGCUUGCUUAUCCCGGCAUAUCGCUGGCAGCGCCACCCCGAACAUGACCUCGUCUCUGAUGUGCCCUUGCAGCCA